AUGACGAUGACAGUGGCAUCCAGGUGGCUUUUCGGCGGUGUUGUGCUGAGCCAAUUGCUCAGCUUGGCGGCGGCCGUCGACCUCCGACUCUACAAUACCGAUUACUCUUGCAACGGCAACAGGCUCAUCUGCUCCAACAUUCCCCAGCAGACAUGCUGCGUCCCCCGCGUGGAGUACUACUAUUCCGCGAGCUGCUUAAACUGUGACAGUGGGAUGACGCACUACGGGUGGCAGCGAGACGGCGGCAUAGCCUGCAGCAGGGUCGUGGUGAGCCGCCGUGGCGGCAGCAACAAUUGCAUCGUGCAGUCGGGCGUGACCAUCUUCGCAUUGUACGGCCAGACGUGGCAGUACAACAGCAGGAAGCGCGACGGCAAGGGUGAGCGGUCCCCGUCUUGCAAGGCAUCCGUGGAGCCCGACCUCGUGGAGAUUGAUGGCCAGUAUUUCAGCUUGAACGAGACCGUGCCAGACGCGCAGAAGGAUGACUUGUAUGCCCUUUUCCUGAACGGGACUGCCUUGGCAGAUGUGCCGAAGGAGCUGCAGGCCUUUGAGACGAAUUACUAUGCGGGAGAAGCUUGA